AUGGGGCGCGACCGAGCCCUCUACCCCGAGGUCAUCGGCGACGUCCGCGGCCGCGGACUCUUCAUUGGUAUCGACAUCGUCACUGAUGCGGCCAGCAAGGCUUACGCCCCAGCGAUGGCCAGGUGGCUCAAGGAGAGCGCCAAGGAGCGCUUCAAAGUGCUUCUCAGCACUGACGGCCCCUUCGACCAGGUUAUCAAGAUCAAGCCGCCCAUGGUAUUCAGUGAGCCCAACGCCGACGCCCUCGCCGCCGCCCUGGGCGCCCUGCUGUCAGAGCACGCGGCCAGCCCAGAGCUCUGCGCGCUCGUCGCCGCAGAGGAGGCGCGCCUGUACGCGGAGCGCACGGCGCCGCUGCUGGCGCUCUACGAGGAGAACGCGGCUCGCAUCCUCGCCCUCGGCGGCGGCGCCGCGGCCACGGGCGCCGGCGGCGCCGACGGCUGCGAGAGCCCGGUGUCGACGGCGGGCGCGACGGCCGGCAGUGCCGGCGCAGUCUCCUCUGCAGCCGCUGCGCAGCUGGUCGGGAAGCGCAAGUCCCUGCUGCGGCGGGUGCUGAGCUGGGCGAGCGCUCGGAGCAGCGAGAGCAGCGCCAGCGAUUGGGAGCCCGAGGGCAGUGCGGCGGCGCCGGCGUCGGCGGCGGCUGCCGGCAAGGGCCCCGCCGCCACGGUGGCGGUGCGCGCGUGA